AUGUGCGGCAAUCCGAACACUCGUCUUCUCUCGCGUCUGAUCAUUGACUUUCUGCUACUGCUGGGAGUCUAUUGUGUGGCAUUGGUUGUAUUGCCACAGCAAUUGAAUACUGUUCAACGUGGUUUCCAUUGCAACGAUGCGAGCCUACAUUAUCCAUAUCGUCAGCCCUGGCUGACUAAGAUGCACUUGACCAUAGCAGUGAUUGCUUUGCCGGCAGCUUUCAUAUUGGUUGUGGAAAUGCUGAGAGCGGCAUUUGUCCCCCCCUCAAAGGAACUGAAGCAGCGUUUCGUUUUCGUUGGCGCCAGAAUACCAAGUUUCAUAAGUGAAUGCUAUAAGAUAAUUGGCGUUUAUCUAUUUGGUUUGGGUCUGGCAUUGUUGGCCAUUCGCCUGACGAAACACACAACAGGACGACUGAGACCAUACUUUUUUGAUGUCUGCCAACCGACUUGGGGGGAGGAUAAUGCUGAGACUUGUGCCAGCAGCUUGGGACCCAGUAACUAUUCCUCCACAUUUAUCGAUCAUUUCAACUGCACGGAGUUCUCCGCGUCGUUGGAACUACUUGCGAUAGUUCGUCAUUCAUUUCCCAGUGGCUUUAGCACCACUACCGCCUAUGCCAUGGUCUUUUUGAUCUAUUAUGCCCAGGCGAGACUGUUUUCGCCUUGGCUUAAGUUGCUACGUUCCACACUGCAAUUGGCCUGCGGUGGUUUAGCUUUGCUGGCCUCGUAUGAACGAAUUUCCACCUACCAGAAUCAUCUGUCCGACGUAAUUGCUGGUGCAGUCUUGGGUUACAUUUUGGCGGCAUUUAUGACCAUAUUUGUGGCACAUCUGUUUCGGGAGGUGCGUGUAAAACGACGCCAAUGGCCAAGGAACGAACAGAUCUACGGCUAUGCUGGCUAUUAUAAUAGAGCCACCUAUGGCUACUGA